ACAACAGCGAUCUAUUGUGUACAGCAGUGAUGUUUGUAAAUCUUUGAAAUGUACACUGUUGUUCCUUCACUGUCAGCCUGUAGCCUGGCAGAUACGCAGGUGUGCCAUCUCUACAAUUGCAAGUGUUUCUGCGUGAUGCAUUCAAAAAAAUAGCAGUCCACAGGAGGCAUGUCUGAGGACAUUCAUCCAAUUUUAGCCAAAAAAUUGGGGGAAAACAGAAAAACAAGGAAAAAUAUUUGGCUGAUUUCUCUUAUUGUUUCAUCUAACGUGUGGAAAUGUGGUAUCUGAAAUAAUGAUGUCUUGGGAGGUGUCAUCCACAAUCCUUGACACCCCCAGCAGAGAAUAAUGAGGCUCGGAUAAUCAUCUCAGGUCGAGCACACUACAGUGCCUGCUGCCUGUUAUCUUGCUCCCCCUCAUGCAGGCGGGGGGAGAGAGGAGAAUUGUUUCUGAAUAGGGCCACUGACUGAGCUUGCAGAAAUACUGUUUGUUGUUUGUUUAUUUGUUGUUUUGUUUUUUUCUUCUUCACAAAAUUGAUUUAGAAUGGCAGAUUCCAGGGUGGGUGGAAUAAUAUUUAGCGGUCUGGUGUAAAGCUGUAGUAAAAAUAGGGUUUUAUUUUUUUUUAUAAAAAUGUCAUGAGAGGGGGAAAAAGGAACACUAUAAUUUUUAAAUAUACUCAAGCUAAUCUGCACAUAACGGAAUAUGGAUGCUUAGCUUCUAUCUAGCACACGUCUGUACAACAGUGUGUGUCAUUACAGGCUUAAAAGCACUUAAAAUCCCGCCCUCAAGAACUGCUUAUUUCUUAAAAUCUAAAACUCUCAUCAGACUCAUUAAGUUUCCAAAGAGAAUCUCUGGCAGAUUAGAAAUAUGUGAAAUCUUCUUGCAGUGUGACGACAUAUUUAAUAUAUAGGAGACUCCUGAGAGGCAGUGCAAUGCAUUAUAAGGUUUAUACAUGACGAUCCAUUAUUGCGCAGUACACCUGCUCUCAGAAAAACACAAUAAAGAGACUCAAGGUGAAUCCGAUCCGUGGAAAAUGACCUCCCGCCACUCUCUCAUUUUCCCUGUCAGAGAACAGUAUUUUUGACCGAGAUGGAGGACACUUCACUGAGGCAGAAAAGAAGAAUAUGAUGGACAGAACGGUGCCAGGUCACAGUGUCCCUAAUCCUGCAGGAAAUUUUGCUCAAGAUGGGGACAAUCACGAUGCCAACUCUCUGGACGUGCAGCAUCAGAUCACUGUAACAUGACAAGUUCAGAUUUACCUCUUAAUGGGGCAUUUCCCCCCCUUGUGUUUAUGCCUCCACCAUCCGUUACAGCUGUUUGUUACAUCUGCUUGCUGGUAACACUACACUUGUCUUUCCUCCCUGAACAAAGCAUGAUCAAUGCUGUGCCACCCUGCCUGCAGCUCAGUCAACACACUGACAGAGUUGGUUAGUAAUGAUGCAGUGUGAAGUGACUGAUAGCUCAGCGUGCGUGCCUUUAAUGAAAAAUGACAGGCUCAUUUCCUUUGCUGGUUUUCACAGCACAUGGCAGAGGUUUCAGGGGAGAGAGCUGGAAUCCAUUUUUAGGAUUCUGACAAUGUCGUGCCCUUUCACUCUGACGUACUACGUUGGUUAUUGUGUGUGUGCAAAACAGAUGAAUGUCUGCUCAAUUGUAUGCAUGGUAAUUUUAUUGUCAUUAAGCCAUUAUGUUCAGUCUUGAAACCUGACUGGAGGAUUCAUGUGAGGGAGGAGAACUGACAAGUGUGACUGCUUCAGAUGGGUAAAGAAGAUGAGAAAAGGGUAAAAGACCAAGAAGAGAUGAUGCUAUUCAGUGCAACUGUAGUAUUGCAUGAGUCAAGCUGCAGUUUACACCCAAGCCUGCCCAGACACAUACAAUGUACGUAGUAAAUCUUCAAAGGAACCAAAUGUAUUAAGUGUCGUUCUGGACGAAAUGGAAAUGAUCACUAUGUUGACAUGCUAGAUUCCAAUGAGAAACAUGCUGUUUUCACUGAGAGACUAUUUUUACACAGAGAACUGAACUCGUCACAUGGUGCAGUCCCCUGAAGAUCAAUAUCAGCAAAAUCAAUAUGCUUGUAUUAGAGAAACAAAGAACCAAGUCAAAUUACCUUAAAUGUAUUCACCUGCCUAGGCAAUGAAUCCGAAGACAGCUCAAGAAAUGGCUACAAACGGUUAAAUGUUGAUGCUUCACACACAUCCUCAGCCCGGCAGCACAGAGAAUCGACACGCUCAAUCACCAGUUUCAAGAUGCAUGUCUUCAGAGGGCUGGGGAUGGACACUUUGACGCUGGGGGCUGCUGACACUCAAGUCCUGGUGAGAUGUCCUUAAGUGGCAACGCGAGCCAGUCUUCUCCUUCGACGACAGCUCAGCCGCUGCCCUUCAACAGCUCCUCUACACAUUCUCUGACGUUGGAAGAGGGAAGAACCGGCCAUGAGUCUGUGCAGGAGUGGCUGGGGAAUGAGACCCAGCUCCUGUCAGACCUCGCUGUUCUGGGGCACAAUGAUCAAUGCCAUAUGUCUCCUGUCCUCACGGGAUUCCUUGUAGUGUGGUACAGCAUUACGAUGUUGCUGGGGCUGCUGGGGAACAUCGGCCUUAUCUGCAUCAUUGCCCGUCGCAGAGAAAAAGUCAAUGUCACCAGCAUUUUCAUCUGCAACCUGUCAUUCUCUGACAUCCUCGUGUGUGUCUUCUGCCUCCCCUUCACCGUCAUAUACACGCUAAUGGACCACUGGGUGUUCGGGUCGCUGUUGUGCCGCCUGGUGCCAUUCAUCCAGUGUAUGUCUGUGACCGUGUCUGUGCUGUCGCUGGUGUUCAUUGCUCUGGAAAGACAUCAGCUCAUCAUCAAUCCAUCUGGGUGGAAACCGAGCAUUCCUCAGGCCUACAGCGCACUUGUUCUCAUUUGGAUUCUGGCCUGCUUCACCUCCUCACCUUUCUUAGCCUUUCAGCUCCUCACAAAUGAGCCCUAUACUAAUGUAAUGCCCAUCCUGCCCACUCCACUCUACCACCAAGCUUCUCCUCAGGCCUCUCUCAAUGCAUCUCCACCUCAACCUGUCUCCUACACAUUAAAAAACUCAUCUCUGCUGCCAAAUACACCCCGCAACCUCUUUUCUUACAACCCCGCCUCUCCACACAUGGAGGCCUGUCUGGAGCACUGGCCAUCCCAGCAGCACAGGCUCGCGUACACCACGUGGCUCCUGCUCUUCCAGUACUGCGGCCCACUGACGUUGGUCCUGCUCUGUUACGUUCGAGUUUUUGUCCGCCUUCGCCACCGCAAAGAAAUGCUGGACCGCAGCAGGACCCCCGAGAGUCAGCGCAUGACCCACAGCCGCCGCAUCAACAUCAUGCUCGUCGCCCUCAUCACGGCCUUUGCUCUCUGCUGGCUGCCGCUCACCAUCUUCAACGUGGUGUCAGACUGGAACCAGGAGGCUCUGCCCAUCUGCCACCACAACCUGCUGUUCUCCCUCUGCCACCUGCUGGCCAUGUCAUCCACCUGCAUCAACCCCAUCAUCUACGGCUUCCUCAACUCCAACUUCCGGCAAGAGGUGAGAGAGGUGCUCCUGUACUGCCGCUGCAGCCCAGUCGAGGAAGAGUGUGAGCAUUUCCCCAUGUCCACCGUGCACAUGGAAGUGUCCCGCACCUCAGCGCCUCUCAACUGCAGGAGCAACUCUGUCUGACUCUGCUGUGAGAGGUCAAACUGACGUCAUCACAUACUGUGAAGUUGCACAGGUGGAGGACUUCCCUCCGUUUAUGGCUGUACAACAGUUUAAAGUAAAGCAUGAAGUACAAUGUUGGUUUAUCUUUAUUCUGAAGUAGCUUUGAGAUAUUAAAAGAGUGUGUUCAUGUUAAAAAAAAAGUUUCAAAAGACAGAAGAAAGAAAAUAAUGUGUCAUUUUACACUAAUUAUGUUGCUGUCCCAAUUAGAUACUUCAUACUAAUCAUACACAGCAUGUAAUAUACUCUCCAUUACAGCGGGCCUAUUCAGCUAUUUUCUAGAAAGUCAAAACAAGUGAAGUGCCAAGGGGCCUGUAAAGAGAUAGCUAUAUAUGUAUUUUACCUUAGAAGUAGGUUGUCAGUUUAACUCUCCCAAAUUCCUCUUGCAUAAACAGCCUGGGUUAAAGCUUUUUAAUGAAAUAAGAGUAUAUAUUUGCUUGGCAACAGACAUAACUAACCCAUUGGCCAAUUAGCCUACUAAUAAAUUGGGCCAGAGUUAGGUUGUUAAAUGGACUGCCAGUUGAAUAGCCCUGCACUACAAAUACUGCCUUCAUGCAGCAAGUAUACAAGAAAUUAACAUAUUUUACCAUUUUACACUGACAGUGCCCUUAUGGAUGUCAAUUAAACCGAGGCUUAAAGAGAUGCUGCCAGAAAAUGUUGCUGAAAAUUUAACACAAAGCUAAAUGUUUUUUUCCAAAUAUUUUAUACAAAGUACUUAAGCCAUACUCUCAAUACAAGCUGCAUAUUGUGACAUUGAAAAAACCACUGCAGAAACCGAACAAAUGCAGAUGCCUUCAUAUUUGGCAGUGGGCACUGGGCAGGGUUUAUUCCUGACAGAUCAACUGGAGGAAUAUCUUUCAGAAUAAAGGUGUUGAUGCUUUUUUUCAGGCUUGUGGUGGACCAGCGAACUACUAAAAGACUUUCCCACAUGUGGGUCUUUCAUUUAGUUUGUGAUAGAACUGUACUGUAUGUUGUACCAAAAAGUAACAAAGGUGCAUUUUGUGAUAAACUAGACAGACAUGUUUUACCUUUUUUUAAAAAAAAAUAUAAAUGUUGUGCAUUUGGUGUAUUUCUUACAUUUUUAUGUUACCUCUUUUGUAUUGAUGGAAUUUGUGCUGUGAAAUCGGUGUGUGAGAGAAAAUCGCAAGGUGUAUUUUGUUUUGUGAUUAAUGUGAAUAGUACCAAUGAUAGUUUAUUACACUGUUAAUUUUUAAAUUUGCUUUGGA